CAUCUUUUGUCUUUAUUACCGAUCGCUUGUAGAUCCCCCCCACUCGGAAAAGCCAGUCUUUUUCCUGUCACUGUUCGCAAGUUCUUAUCUUUUCGGUUCAAUUAAGUUUCCCGAUUCGAAAUCUCGUUGCCACUUCUGGGUUUUCAUCAAUGGCGGACCAAAUCACCGAUUCAUCAUCCCCAGCUGCUCCCGCCUCUUCCGCUUCGCCUCUUGCCCUGAAGAAAGAUAACAUUACUCUUGCUAAUUCGAAGAUCGCAGAAUUGAGUGAAUCAAGGGCCGAGUUGCUUAACAGGAUCCAGAAUCUGAAACAGGACUUGCAAAGUUGGAGAAGUAAGUUGGACACCCAAGUUAAAGUUUACCGUGAGGAGCUGACAGAUCUGAAGAAGACUCUGAAUCUCGAGGUUGAACAGCUUCGCCAGGAAUUCAAAGAACUGAAGAGCAAUCUGAAUCAGCAGCAAGAGGAUGUCACUGCCAGUCUAAAAGAUUUAGGCCUACAAGAUGACUAUGGAGAUGGUAAGGAGCCAGAAGACGAUGCAACGGAAGAAGAUCAAUCUCAAAACAACAAUGUGAAAGAAGCAGAGCACUAGAUGAUGAUGAUGAUCUCUUGGUAUCUUAGAAGUAGUAGAUCUGCCACUACUUGAAACUGUUGCCGAACCUCUCCGUAUUAUAAAAGCAUUACAUAUGCAUAUGCUCAUAUCUACGUGAAGGGAGAGAAUGAGGAAGAAGAUGGGAGGGGAGAAAUCUGUAGUGAGGGUUCUGAACAUUAUUAUAUGUAUGAACACCAAAGAGGAAAAAGAAAACCGAGUCUCGUCACUCA